GAUCGUUCAGAAAGUAAGACAGAGCUGAGAAUCGUGUGAGAUGGAGUCAUACAAGGAAGGUACGUCUAUGACAAGAUCACCACUUCUUGAUUCAGCGAAUUAUGGAUAUUGGAAGGUUCGUAUGCAAGCUUUUAUUAGUAAUCUUGAUGAAGAUUGUUGGAAUUCAAUUGAACUUGGUUGGGAGGCUCCUAAAGUUACGGAUGAUGAUGGAGUUGUAAGUCUCAAGCCAAGAGAUAAGUGGACUGCUGCAGAGAAAAAGCUAUCAAGUUGCAAUUCUAAGGCUAAGACUGCGAUUUACAAUGCUAUUGAUUCAAGCCACUUUAAGUUGAUUUCUCAAUGUGCAUCAGCUCAAAAAGCAUGGAAGACAUUGGAGAAUAUGUUUGAGGGUACUACAAGCGUUAAGAGAACGAAAUUAGAUAUGUUAGCUUCGCAAUUUGAGAAUCUAAGGAUGGAAGAAGAGGAAAAUGUGGCUGAUUUUAGUGCAAAGUUAUGUGACAUAUCUAAUGAAUCGUUUGCUCUUGGAAAGGUCUACAAGGACAAAAAGCUAGUGAAGAAGUUGAAGAGAUCAUUACCUGCAAAAUUUGAGUCAAAGGUUUCUGCAGUUGAAGAAGCUCAUAAUCUAGAUGAGAUGGCUUUUGAUGAGUUUGUUGGGAUUCUUCAAGCUUUUGAGUUAAGCAAAUCAUAUGAAACUAAAGGAAAGAUGCAGAAGGUAGAUGAAGUGAAGAAGGAAGUUGACAUUGGAGUUGCUCUUAAGGGAACAUCAACUGAAGAUUCAAUGGCUAUGUUGUCAAGACAGUUUACUAAAUAUCUGAAACGAAAGGGAAAAGAGAGGAAGGAUAGAAUUGAUGAAGAGUUGAGAAGUUCAUCAAAGAAUGUGCAAUGUUUUGAAUGCAAAGGAUAUGGACAUGUUCGUUCGGAAUGCGCCAAUCUACAAAAGCAUAGGAAGAAGGCCAUGAAUGUUGUCACUAGUGAUUCUGAAACUGAUUCAGAUGAAGAAGAAGAAGAUCUGAAGAAUUUUGUGGCUUUGGCAACUUUCAAUUCUAGUUCAGAUAUAGAUUCUGCGUCAGUUUCUGAAUUAGUGUCUGCAUCAGUGUCUGCAACAGGGUCUGCAUCAGCAUCUGCAACAGGGUCUGCAUCAGCAUCUGCAACAGGGUCUGCAUCAGCAUCUGCAACAGGGUCUGCAUCAGCAUCUGCAACAGGACCUGCAAUUAAAAGUGAAAACGAUGAAUGUGAUAGUGAUGCAGUGAGUGUUGAUGAUGAAGAAUUUGCUGAGAAUUAUAGAGCCUUAUAUGAGCAUUGGCUUAAAAUGGUUGAAGAGAAUUCAGUGUUAACUAAGGAGAAACUCAAGUUAGAGGCUAAAGUUAUUGAAGUACAGAAAUAUGCUGCAGAAAAAGAAGAAGAAGCAUCACAAGCCAAAGUACAACUUGAAGAAACUCAAAAGAAUUUGAGGAUGCUUAAUAAUGGCACAAAGAAGUUGGAUCAUAUUCUGAAUAUUGGCAAGAUUGAUAAGUGUGGCCUUGGAUUUGAAGGAAAACUUUCAAAAUCGGAUCCAGUGUUUGUUUAUGGUGGAAAAAUCACGUCUGGAUCAGGAAGUGUGUUAGAAACAGCAACUGUGGCAGAGACUGCGUCAGGUACAAGAACUACUACGAGAACUGGUACAGAGUCUGAUACAGGAAAAGGUAAAGAACUGCAGAGUGCACCUCAACGAAUUUUUCGACCUGUUUGCCAUCAUUGUGGUAUUGUUGGGCAUAUUAGGCCAAGGUGUUUCAGAUUAUUGAGGGAGAGAAAUCGAAUGAAGAAUGCUUAUGAUAAGAGAUUUCAUGGUCCUACAUGUUAUCAUUGUGGAGUUCAAGGGCAUAUUAAGAGGAAUUGUUUCAGAUUCAUUCGAGAAUCCAGUCAUGAAGGCUUAAGGCGCAGGAAGAUUUGGGUUAGGAAAGAUGAUUUCUAUGGAGGUGGUGUACUAGGCUAUCAACCUCGUGUUGCAAAGCGGGGAGAAUUUUCUAAGUAGUUUUGACCAUGUUGUGACUCAUUCAGGGGGAGAAUGAUGAUAUGUUCGUGAUGUUGUUUUGGAGUUAGAACUGUUGAGUUCACAAACAUAGUCAAAAAGGGGGAGAUUGAAGAUGUAGCUGCAGUCUGAUGAAGUUGUUGAAUGAGUCAAGAAGUAAAACAAGAUUUUGUCUA